AAACUAUUCAUAUCAUUAAAUUCUUAAUUAUAUUUUCAAUUCUUAAGUCAAAAAUUAUAUUUAUAUAAAAGACUAUUAUAUUCUGUAAGUGUAUUAAUAAUAAUAAUAAUUACUUGUAUAUAAUGACUACAAUAUGUUUAUAACUGAGUUGUUAGAGAAUUUGUGCCAAAAUUCCUGAUAAUUUCAAGAAUAAUGAAAUUGACAAAUACAUCCAAAAAUGUGUUUUAAGAGUUUUAUUUAAAUACUUAUAUUUAUUGACCAAAAAACUAUAAUCCGAUCAAAAAUUGAAUACAACAAACAGUUGAGAAGGGAUGGCUUAUAAUUACCACAGAAGACAUAUGAAGGCGAUGGCCGAGGCGUCCAACUCUGCCUCGUAUAGCGACGCCGACAGCAGUUCCAGUCAGACAAAUGUCUCCACUUCUAACCACUGCGAGGAAUGGAAUCCCAAUCAAAUCGUCUACAAUAAGAUGGAACAGAUAAUAGAGCGCAUGCAAGACGAACAGCUGGGGGUUCCCGUCCGCACCGUCAAGAGUUUUAUGUCCAAAAUUCCCAGUGUUUUCACUGGCACAGAUCUGAUCGCAUGGAUGAUGAAGAGUCUGGAUCUCGAGGACCAAACAGAAGCCCUACAUUUGGCUAAUUUGAUGGCAUCUCACGGCUACUUCUUUCCAAUUGAUGAUCACGUGUUGAGAAACUCUCUCUCCAUUAGUGUGAAGUCGGACUCGACUUUCUAUAGAUUCCAAACGCCAUACUUCUGGCCCUCCAACUGCUGGGAACCGGAGAACACGGACUAUGCGGUGUAUCUGUGCAAACGGACCAUGCAAAACAAGACUAGACUAGAGCUCGCCGACUAUGAGGCCGAGAACUUGGCCCGACUUCAGAAGAUGUUCUCCAGAAAAUGGGAAUUCAUUUUCAUGCAGGCGGAGGCUCAGGCCAAAGUCGAUAAGAAGAGAGACAAAUUGGAGCGAAAAGUUUUGGACUCCCAGGAGAGGGCUUUUUGGGACGUUCACAGACCAGUGCCUGGAUGUGUUAACACAACAGAAAUUGAUAUAAAGAAAGCCUGCCGUAUGAACAAACCCGUCAAUCGCACCCGCGUCAAGAUAUCCACUCACUUGGCCUGUUCUGUCGGUGGCGGACGUGUCAGUCCUGUGAACGAAGCCGACAAAAGCGAAGUACUGAAGCGUGAGAUCGACUCAUUGAGACUAAGGCUCGACCAUAGGAUAGGAGGCGUCAAAAUCAGUAAAGUCGCCGAAUCUUACUCAACGUUUUAUGAACAGUGGGCCGAAUACGACCCCUUCAUUACAUUACCCGAACCCACCAAAGGGAUGGCUUCAAAUCCUUGGAUAAGUGAUUCAACAGACUUUUGGGAACUGGAGAGACAAACGAAAGACGUUCCGUGUCGACGGGUCCGGCGCUGGGCUUUCUCUCUGAAAGAGCUACUGAAAGACGGGGCCGGAAGGGAACAAUUCAUCAAAUUCUUAGAAAAAGAAUUUUCCGCCGAAAAUCUCAAAUUCUGGGAUGCGGUCCAAGAGCUUAAACGUGUUCACAGUCGGGAUGUGUCCCACAAAGUGCAGGAGAUUUGGAAUGAAUACCUCGGAUCAGACGCCAAUUGUCCCAUAAACAUUGAUUGCAAGUCCUAUGAAAUAACCAAGAUAAAUAUGGCAAACAACCCGAACAACCGAUGGAUCUUCGACGAGGCCGCGGGCCAUGUGUACCAACUAAUGAAGAACGACUCGUACCCGCGGUAUCUGCGGUCGGAUAUGUAUAAGGAGUACUUAAACGGUACCAAAAAGAAGACUUCUGUGAAAGGCAUUCGUGGAGUCAUAACAUUUAGUGCGAAGAAAGUUGGAGACCAAUUGGCUUUGGCUGCCGCUAACACUACCACUUCCCUUACUUAAUAAGAUUUCUAAACCAAAAGCUCACUAUUUUGCUCUUUAAGACUAUUACUAAUAAUUAACAAAUUCUAAUAUUUAUUACCGAUUCAAACUUAAUAAUGAUAAUGAUAACUCUUUUAGAAAUCACUUGUAGUAUCACUUGUUUUACCGCUUUUUCUUCUCCUAAUGAAUGAUUUGCUGCUUUCAGUUUAAACACCAUUUAAUAGACAUUUUAAACAAAAGCACAGCCGAUUCAUCCCAAAACUUCCCAGUUUUAAUGUCUGAUCAAAUGAUUCAAUCAUUGAUUCUAAGCUGUGAUUCAAUACUAUUCGACAUUUCUAUUCAUCAUUAAUGGGAACAUCAGAUUUGAGACUAAAGACUAAUAUAUAUAUAAAUAUAAAUAUAUUAUAAGAAAUUAUAUUAUAUUGUAUUCAAAGACCAAUUAUACGCAAAUUUAAUUAACUAGUUAAAUUUGCUAUUCCAUGUUAUCUAGAGUUAUAAUAAUUAUAUAUAAAUCGUGUUACAUAUAUUUAC